AAGACUGUUCAAAGUGUGCAUCUGUGUCUAGCAAGAAGGCUGAACUACUGCAGACCACAAACGGAUAUGAGACAAGGAUGCAUUGAAUCUCACCCCAUUCUCUCUUUUUGUUCCAUUCAACAAUAGAAAGAGAGAGAGGUAGAGAGAGAGAACGCCUGAACGAGGAAGGAAGAGAGAGAAGAAUAAUCUAAAAUCUGUUCCCAUGCACUUAGUGUUGUGGCCACUAAACGAUGGAUGUGAGAUUUUAUCCUUCAGCCCCAGCAACAGUGGGUGCCUUAGCUGCUGAUCCGACAUGCCUGGGGACGGCAUCUUGCCUGGAACAGUAUUACUCUAACAAGUUUGAUGGGGACAAUAUGUACAUGAGCCUGACAGACGGCAGCCAGGAAUACCUGCCAGCUAAUCAGAACUUCUCCAGCCAGGGUCUGGGUGAUGAAGACUAUGAGAUUCCUCCAAUUACUCCUCCAAAUCUCGGAGACCCUUCCUUUCUUCACCUGAUGGAUCCAUAUGGAGGCUACCACUCACUGUGCCAUGCUACUCCAGCCAACGGUCUCCUUCCUCAAUACCCCUACCAAGGCAUGGACCUCCCUGCGAUCAUGGUGUCCAACAUGCUGAGCCAGGAUGGUCAUCUGCUCUCAAACCAGCUACCAAUGCAGAUGCAUGGAGUGGGUCACCCCGAAGCUCCUCCGUACGAUUCUGAAGCCCAACGCCCCAUGGUCAGUCGGUCAGGAAUUCUGCCGCCCAGUCACAUGCCUGCCAUCAGCCAUUCACAAUUCAGUGCUCACGUUGGCCUGAACAUGGGUCGCAGUGUCCACACACAUGGCUCACCCUCACCCCCCGGAAGUAAGUCGGCCACUCCCUCGCCCUCCAGCUCAGCGCAUGAAGAGGAAGCUGAAGUCCUUGCCAAGUUCAGUGGAGAGAAGCGGCCAUCGGUGGAUAAUGGCAAGAAGAUCAAGGCGCAGAAGAAGAAAAAGAAGAAAGAUCCGAACGAGCCCCAAAAGCCAGUCUCUGCCUACGCCCUAUUCUUCCGAGACACACAAGCUGCCAUCAAAGGACAGAACCCCAGCGCCACCUUCGGCGAUGUCUCCAAGAUCGUGGCCUCAAUGUGGGACGGGCUCGGGGAAGAGCAGAAGCAGGCCUACAAGAAGAAGACUGAGGCAGCCAAGAAGGAAUACUUGAAAGCCCUGGCAGCUUACAGAGCCAGUUUAGUGUCCAAGAGCUACAGCGACCCGGUGGAGCCCAAAGGGGGACAUCCGCCCCAGCAGACACACCUGCUGACCGCCAAGCAGCCACUGUACAGUCUGAAUCCACAAACCUCCACGGGCUAUGGGGGUCCCGGCUCCUUCCUCUCUGCGUCCGAAAUGCAGACGUACUCUGGCCCUGCGCACCAACGGCUCUCGCGCACCCUCACCUCCAAGUCGGUGAUGCCUCAGAUGCCCCUGAGUGGGUCCCCACCGCCCUCCCUGCAGAUCAGCCCCCCACUCCACCAGCAACUUCCCCUCCACCAACAGCAGCAGCUCGGUCAGCCCCUCCUGGCCCAGGGGCCCAGCCAAGCCGUCAUCACUCACCAGGUGCCACUGCAGGUCCAGUCCCAGCUGCACUCCCCUCCAGGACAGCAGGGAUAUGGUCACCUGCCAUCGGAAUUUCAGAGCACAGUCGGUGCGGCAUCUCCUGGUUCCGGAGUCUCGAACACUGCGGUGCAGUGCAGUGACUGGGACAGCGAGUACUGUAACAGUGAGUGUGUCAUCAGUCACUGCAGCAUGUUACCGAGGGACAAGACUCUCUACCUCACCUGAGCUCACUGCAAGCACCGUUACGUGGACUUCACCGAGGGAUAACCGUCACUUCUGGUAACACUGAGGGCAUUGAGAAGUCAAGAAGCCCUCACAGGCCUGGGGUUCUCUCAUCUUUCUGAAGGAUUCCAAUCCCAUCCAUUUGCAAAUCAAAAGUAUAAAAAUUAAAAUAACUGGGUGACAAUCUAAUUCUGUCCGACAGUGGAAACAUUUUCUUUGUCCCACGGUUAGAUCUCAACUGCUACUGUGCUGAGCUGGUCUUAUGGUUAAUUCCAGAGACUGUGCACUUACAAUGUAACGGUCCCCCUCCCCCUGCCCUGCUGGACAGCACCGGACAGCUGAGUACAUGGUCUACACUGCAACUGUGACCAACAGAUAUGAUCGAGGCCUUUUUCCAUACUGACCACUUGAAUAAUGAUGUUCAACUGGCAAAGACAUUAAACUUUUAAAUGUGAAGCAGUCCGUGAAGAGAUUUAGGAUUUUGUUUUUUGUAGCUUUACUAAAUGUUUUAGAAGUGUUGAAAAUUCCAGAAGCUUUAUGUGUUGGAAACUUAUUCUGUGAUUUACUUUAUAGAGAAGAGAGUAUUUUUUUUGUAUCUGAUUUUGGGUAACUGUUUAGAGAGGAGGGUGCGUUUGUGUAUAAAAUGCCAAAUGUGUUUGUUUUGUUGACCAGGGUAUUUUUUAACCAUCUUCCAUAGCUUUUAAUAUUCAAUUCCUGCCAGUGCCCAAUUAUUUAAUUUUAUUUUUUGAUUGAUGCUACCUAGCCUAUUUAAGGAAGUAAAUUCAUCUGUAAGCCAUGUUUUUAAUGAGUUGGUGAGCUCUCUGACAUCAUGCUGGCAUUUCUCCAUUUGAUUUAACACCGACUGUCAGACCUCACAUUCAAAUGCUUCAUGUCUCGCAUUUCUUUCUCCCAUAAGUAAAUAAAGAGGUAAUUUUAUACUCCA